GACUUUCUCGCAGAAUUUCUACGUAACGCAGGAUGAAAGGGUCAACAUUUUUAGUGUGCGUAGGAAUUCUGACCCUUGCGGUGCAGAUCUCUGCAGAAUUAAGUUCGCUGACGUGUUACCGCUGCGCCGGCUUUCUUGAGGACCGUCCAGAAAACUCAACAGUCAACAACAAGAACUGUGACCUCGACGCCUUCAAAAAAGAAGGCGUCGAACAUCACACUAACUCCACGGAUGACCCGUCCAUGGUUCUUGCAUGCCUCACUAUUGGAGUAUACGAUUCUAAUCAUAAUAAUGGCCGACCGUUCACCUUUAGAGAUGUGAUAAUGUACAAAGAUGAGCGAAGGGGCAUGAAAAACGAAGAACUGCUGGCGAUCGCUGCUAAUUUCCUGGAAGAAGGUGACGUUGCAGCUGAUGCCAUCGUAGAUCCAGAAAAACGAAGCUAUCUCUUCGUUGAGGUUUGCUACAAAGAACUCUGCAACGGAGCCGCCUGCAAUGCCUUGCCUAAACUCGUGGCGCUCGUGCUGCCGGCGCUGAUGCUGCGAUAUCUUAUUUGAUGGGCAAGCGAUGCUCUGGGAUGCAGUUUAAUUAAGUGAUAAGUUGUUGAACGACUUGGUGAUCUGUAAUGCGGCAUAGUUAAGUGGUUAGUUGUUAAAGGUCGUGAUGCGCUGCAAUGCAGCAUAGUUAAGCGGUGAGUUUUUGAACGACUUGGCGAUCUGUAAUGCAGCAUAGUUAACUGGUGAGUUGUUAAAGGCCGUGAUGCGCUGCAAUGCAGCCUAGUUAAGUGAUGAGUUGUUGAACGUCUUUAUGCGCUGUAAUGCAAUAUAAUAGAGCAGCGGUCAAUAUUUGUCAGCCUUUCAGUCACCCUCCUGAGUUGUAUUAGCAAACGUGCCGAAUUGCUGUCUUGAAUCUAUUCUGCAUUUUGUUGAGCGUCCGUAUGUAAAGGUAAACAGUAUCUUCUGUAUAACAAUUAAUAGGAAAAGAAUAUUGUGAAAAAAUUAAGUAAAAUAAACAAAUAAUGUAUAAAAAUUAUGCUGGUACACUUUUUGAGACAGUUACUUGCAGAACUUUCUAAUGUUCUGAUGAAUACAAAUGAUUACUGAAGAGCGUUUAGCCCAUUAUCUAGCAAGAGCGACCUCCAGUUCUUCCAGAGACGACACAAGAAAUCAGUUUGGAUUGUAACGUGCCUGUUGCCGUCUAUAAUCGUUUACUCAGCAGGAAAUCGUAAGCAUGAGUACUGCUUACAAAUAUUGGUUUGAGAAAAUCACGCUUUUCACGUUGUCAGGUAAAUUUCAGAAAGUUUUUGCACCAACAUUAAUUAUUAAAAAUUUGUAUCUCAUCAGUGCAGAGUUU